AUGGAAGAGAUGGAGUUCGGAAAUGAUACCAUUGUCACAGAGUUCAUCAUUUUGGGGUUAACAGAAGAUCCUACACUUUGUGUCAUCUUAUUUGUGAUAUUUCUAGGAAUAUAUUCCAUCACCCUCAUAGGCAAUAUCAGCAUAAUCAUUUUAAUAAGAAGCUGUUCCCAACUUCACACUCCCAUGUACCUCUUACUCAGCCAUUUGGCUUUUGUGGACAUUGGGUAUUCCACGUCAGUCACACCCAUAAUGCUUACAGGGUUUCUUAGACACAGAACAGUCCUCCUUGUCACUGCCUGUGAAGCCCAGCUCAAUUCCGUGGUCAUGUUUGGGUCAACUGAGUGCUUUCUGCUGGCUGCCAUGGCCUAUGAUCGCUAUGUGGCCAUCUGCUCACCACUGUCCUACUCGACCCACAUGUCCCCCACAAUCUGUAUCCUCUUAGUGGGAGCUUCUUAUGUAGGUGGGUGUAUAAAUGCUUGGACAUUUACUAGUUGCUUAUUGAGUCUGUCCUUCUGUGGACCAGAUCAGAUAGAUCACUUUUUUUGUGAUUUAUCCCCUGUAUUGAAACUUUCCUGCUCAGAUAUCUCCAUCAUUCAAAUUAUUCCUUCCAUCUCUUCUGGAGCCGUCAUUACAUUCACCAUGAGUGUCAUAUCUCUCUCUUAUAUCUACAUCCUCAUCACAAUCCUGAAGAUGCGCUCCACUGAAGGGAGACAUAAGGCCUUUUCCACUUGUACCUCCCACCUCACU